AUAAUAGACCCAAUAUCUUCUCCCCUCUCACAUCCCCUCCCUCACCAGAUUGAGAGAACCACAGAUGGAGCGCUAAUCAUUGGUGCCGAUCGGCUGAUCCUCUACUUCUCCAGUGCGGCACCGUGCCGCGCGGCCUCAUCGCGCUACUGAUCCGGUGGUUCCCGUCCGAGUGCUUCUUCAAUCAAACCCUAGAAAGUUCUACUACAGGGUUAUAUAAAACUUAAUAUCAACUAGCAAUUAGAGGGGAUGGCUCCAAGCAAGGCAUGGAUGGGCCUUGUGGAUGAUCGGCUAAAUCACGAGUACUUAGAGGGUGUAGAGAAGUUCAUAGAUUAUGCAUUCAGUAAAUUAGAUGGUGUCCAGGUUAUACGUUGCCCAUGCAUCAAGUGCUGCAAUACAUAUUCUUUGCCUCGUCACAUAGUGUCUUCUCACCUGAAAGCGUAUGGAAUACUGAGGAGCUACACAUUUUGGUACCAUCAUGGUGAAGUCUUAGCAGAACAAGAGAAUGACAUAGAAGUUGAUGAGUAUGAUUCACAGGAAUUUAAUGGGGAAGGAUAUAAUGGAAUGCAAGACCUGAUGGAAAAUUUAUUUCCUCAGUGCAACACCCCUGGUGGAGACGAAGCGACACAUGAAUCUACUGAUCAGGGACCUGAAGAGGAGCCAAACACUGAUGCGGCCAAGUUCUAUGCUUUGCUUGACAAAUACAACCAACCACUGUAUGAAGGGUCCAGAACCUCUAAAUUAUCUGCCUUAGUUAAUUUGCUUCAUGUUAAGAAUUUGGGGAAAUGGAGUAAUAAGUCCUUCACCGCAUUGUUGGAAUUGCUGCGCAAGGACUUUCUACCUCAUGACUCUACACUGCCAAAUUCUUAUUAUGAAGCAAAAAAAACUAUUCGUGAACUAGGACUAAGUUACAUAAAAAUUGAUGCUUGCAAGAAUGAUUGCAUGCUGUACUGGAAAGAAGAUAUAGAUGCUGAAUCCUGCAAGGUAUGUGGAUCAUCUAGGUGGAAAGAAGAAAAACACACAGGGGAAAUUAAGCACUCUUCAGCUGGGAAGAAGAUUCCACAUAAAACUAUGCGGUACUUUCCUAUAAAACCUAGAUUGCAGAGGUUAUUUAUGUGUAGGAAAACGGCCGCAUAUGCUAAGUGGCACAAAGAGUGUAGGGUUGAUGAUGGAGUUAUGCGACAUCCUGCUGAUUCAAAAGCAUGGAAGGAGUUUGAUAAAAUCCAUUCAUCAUUUGCAUCUGAACCUCGGAAUAUAUAUCAGCAGCACCAGCAUGAUAAGAGUGAGGUCAUGGAAGACCUUUUGUCAUUGUCGCGUGGUCCGCUGAAGAAUAUAACAUGCUUUACUGGAUAUGACAUGAAUGGGUUCAGAUAUCGCACAGAAAGACGGGACAGCCGCAGGUGUACACAAAACAGUGGUGUGAUGGUUCUUGGUGAUGAUGUGGAAUAUUAUGGAGUUUUGACAGAAAUACUUGAGAUUCACGGACACCAGAAGAUGAUGGUCGAGGGCAUCGACAUGAAGAAGAUGAUAAUGGUGACCGGCGUCAGGACAACAAUGGUGGACGAUGACAGAUUUCUCGAGAACCUGAACGUCGCCCUCGGAAUCGCACGCCGGAGUCGAGUGAGUCAUCGUCGUCAUCGUCAUCAUCAUCUUCGUCUUCGUCAUCCGAUAAACGUCCACGGAGGACACACGAUCGCCAACAACCCGCUGCCCCCAGCGCUGGGUGUAGAGCUUUCAACCGUUCUCUACGUGAUGUCCGAUGGCCCGAGAGAUUCUGACCCGGAGCAAUAG